UGCGACCGAGUGCCUUCUUUCUCGCGUCGUCUGCUCCGAGUGCGACCUCGCCACUCCACCGACGACAUCGUCAGCUCCGAGUGCGGCCUCGUCCCCGACCACGCCACCGGCGACGUCGUUUGCUCCGAGUGCGACCUCAUCCUCGAGUCCCACUCCAUCGACGAGACCUCCGACGGGCGACAACGACCCCAACCGUGUCGGCGAUCCAAGUGGAACAGAAAGUUGAUCGGAGUCAAGUUCUUUGCCAAGGGUUGUGAGGCCAUGUUGGGUCCUAUUAACGACACUGAGGAGUCUAGAUCCCCUCGCGACGAUGACGGUCACGACACCCACACAGCCAGCAUAGCCACAGGAUCGGUGGUUUUCGGCGUAAGUCUUUUUGGUUACGCAUCCGGGACGACGCAAGGGAUGGCGACGCACGCGAGAGUCGCUGCUUACAAGGCUUGCUGGAAGGGAGGGUGGAAUGGCUGA